AUGUAUGAUGAUUGGAUGCAUAUACUCUGCCCAAUUUGUGUAUAUUUUGUGUUUUCUGGAUUUUCCAAAAACCGCUUGGCGGGUGAUGAAUUGCCGCCAAACGACUCAUCCUUAUUGCGUAACUUUGGGUUCCUCAAGAGGAACCACCUAGCGUAUGAGUAUAAGUUAAACCGUGUGAGAAUUGAUAGAAAUAGGCAGAGAAAGGAAAAACUUGGGAAAUUUGGAAGCCUUCGCAGGUUAUUGCUACCUGUGGAGUUGGAAGGAGUAGUUGGAUCAAAUGUCUUUGGUGAUGAUAUGUGUAAAUUAGUGGUUCCUGAAGAUCGAUUAGCAUUUGACCCGGAGAUAGAAAAGACAGCUAGAAGGAACAGAGGCAAAAGCAAAAAGAAGCAAGGAAAGACAAGGGAAGAAUCUUCCAGUACUUCCAUCACACCUCAAUCAGAAAACAUGGAGAAUCAGAGACCAGCUCCAGCCAGGAAGACACUUGGAGACUAUGCUAUGCAACAAGGGCCGAGAUAUUUUUCUAGCAUAGCAAUACCAUCCACCACUAAAACUCUGGAGAUGAAGCCAGCUUUCCUCAGCUUGAUCAGUUCUCAUCAAUUCACUGGAAUGGAUAAUGAAGAUCCAUACACUCAUCUCUCUACAUUCUAUGAAUUGAUAGGAACCAUGGGCUUUCAAGAAGGAGAUCUUGAGCAUGUAUACAUGCAGUUGUUUCCUUUUUCUUUGGCAGGUAAAGCAAAGGAAUGGCUUAAGUCACAUCCAAAUCAGAGUUUGAAUAGCUGGAAGGAUGUUGAGGAGAAAUUUUUGAACAGAUUCUUUCCACCAUCUCGCUACAUCAAAGCCAAAGCUGAUAUUUCAACGUUUAGGCAAGGACCAGAUGAACCAUUCUGUGAAGCUUGGGAGCGGUUCAAUUCCUUAUUGAGGAAAUGCCCAAAUCACGGAUUUGAGGAUAUUGCUCAGUUGAACAUAUUCUGUAAUGGUCUGAGGCCUGACACCAAGAUGAUAUUAGAUGCAGCAGCAGGUGGAACAAUGAUGAGUGUAGAUGCGGAGCAAGCAACAAGAAUCAUUGAGGCAUUAGCAUCCACAGAUCAUCAAGCUCAGCAUAAUAGGCAGACUGUUCAGAGAAAGGGAGUGCUUGAUCUUAGUACUACAGAUGCGAUCUUAGCUCAGAAUAAGAUUCUGACUCAACAGAUUGAAGCACUGACGAAGCAAAUGUCUAAAUUACCAGAGCAGUUGCAAGUUGUGCAAUCUUCUCCUAGUCAACAACCUAUGAGAUGUGACUUCUGUGGAGGAGAUCAUCCAAAUGGUCAUUGUUCUUAUCAGAGUAGCUCACAAGGAGAAGUUCAAUAUGUGAGCAACCAAGGAAGACCAGGAAAUUUCUCCAACAAUAACAACUUUUCACAGGGGUGGAGAAACAAUCCAAAUCAGAAUUUUGGAUGGAAGCAAGAUGCUGGUCCUUCAAACAGACAACCUCCUUAUCAACAACAACAACAACAUUAUCCUUCGGUGCAUGACAGAACAUCUAAACUGGAGGAUACUUUAGAAAAGUUUAUGCAAGCUUCUUUGAAUAAUCAGAAAAAUACAGAAGCUUCAAUCAGAAAUCUCGAAACACAGGUUGGACAGUUGGCGAAACAAUUAUCAGAUCAGCAGACAAGUCAAUUUUCAGCCAACACACAGACUAAUCCCAAGGAGCAUUGUAAAUCUAUUACCACCCGAAGUGGUAAAGUUGUGGGAAGAGGGAUUGCAGACAACCUGGGUGUAGAGGAGGAGGUGUUGGAGGAAAAAGAGAGAGAGAAUGAAAAAAAUGAGUGUGAGGGAGAGGAAGGACAAAAUAAAAGAGAUGAGGAGAAAAAGAGGGAGAAGGGUGAGAAACAAGUGCCUCAGUUGAAGAGCCUACCAUACCCUCAAAAUCCCUCCAAAAAAGACAAGGAAAGGCAGUUUGCAAGAUUCAUGGACAUUUUCAAGCGACUGCAGAUUAACAUCCCUUUUGUGGAAGCUAUGGAGCAGAUGCCGACAUAUGCAAAAUUCAUGAAAGAGCUCCUAACAAAAAAGAGAAGAUUCUCUGAAGAGACAGUGGAGCUUGAAGCAGGACUUCAUAUGGAGCAAGACUACAAGCCUGUAGCACAGCCUCAGCGGCGAUUGAAUCCAACCAUGAAAGAGGUGGUCAAGAAAGAAGUAAUGAAGUUACUUGAUGCAGGUAUGAUCUAUCCAAUCUCCGACAGUGCCUGGGUCAGCCCGGUCCAGGUAGUUCCAAAAAAAGGAGGUAUGACUGUUAUUUGUAAUGAUAAAAAUGAAUUAAUUCCUACUAGAACAGUCACAGGUUGGAGAAUGUGUAUAGAUUAUAGAAAAUUAAAUCAGGCCACUAGGAAAGAUCAUUUUCCUUUACCUUUCAUGGAUCAAAUGCUAGAAAGGUUAGCAGGGCAAGCUUUCUAUUGUUUUCUGGAUGGAUAUUCUGGUUAUAAUCAAAUUGCAGUGGAUCUAGAAGACCAAGAAAAAACUGCUUUUACUUGUCCUUUUGGUGUGUUUGCUUACAGGAAAAUGUCGUUUGGAUUGUGUAACGCACCAGCAACCUUUCAACGAUGCAUGCUUGCAAUUUUCUCGGACUUGGUGGAAAAAUGCAUAGAAGUCUUUAUGGACGACUUCUCUGUAUUUGGGGUUUCAUUUGAUCAAUGCCUGGAAAACUUAAACACCGUACUGAAGCGGUGUGUUGAUACUAAUCUGGUUUUGAAUUGGGAAAAGUGCCAUUUUAUGGUAACUGAAGGUGUGGUGUUGGGUCACAAAAUCUCUGCUAAAGGUAUUGAAGUUGAUAAAGCUAAAGUGGAGAUCAUUGAAAAGCUGCCACCACCCAAAAACGUAAAGGGUAUCAAGAGUUUUCUAGGCCAUGUUGGGUUCUACAGACGAUUCAUCAAAGAUUUCUCCAGAAUUGCCAAACCACUCAGCAAUCUGCUCAACAAGGAUACACCCUUUAAUUUUGAUGUUGAAUGUUUGCAUGCAUUUGAAUUGUUAAAACAGAAAUUGGUUUCAGCUCCUGUGAUAAUUGCUCCUGAUUGGAAUUUAGACUUUGAGUUAAUGUGUGAUGCAAGUGACUAUGCCAUAGGAGCAGUUUUAGGACAGAGAAAAUCCAAAGUUUUUCAUGCUAUACACUAUGCUAGCAAAGUCCUUAAUGAAGCUCAAAUUAAUUAUGCAACAACUGAAAAGGAAUUGCUAGCUAUAGUUUAUGCAUUGGAAAAAUUUAGAGCAUAUUUGAUUGGUUCAUCUGUCACUGUAUAUACUGAUCAUGCUGCAAUUAAAUAUUUGUUAACCAAAUCUGAUUCAAAACCAAGACUAAUUAGAUGGAUCUUAUUGUUGCAGGAAUUUGAUUUGGUGAUCAAGGACAAAAAAGGAAGUGAAAACUUUGUAGCUGAUCAUUUGUCUAGAUUGGUGAAUACUGAGGUGACCAACACUCAAUCAGAGGUGCAGGAGGAGUUUCCUGAUGAAAAAUUGAUGAUGGUGCAAGAAAGGCCAUGGUUUGCUGACAUGGCCAAUUUCAAAGCUGCAGGGGUCAUACCUGAAGAUUUUAAUUGGCACCAGAAGAGGAAAUUCCUGAAAGAUGCACACCAAUAUGUGUGGGAUGAUCCUCAUUUGUUCAAAAUUGGAGCUGAUCAAUUGUUGAGAAGGUGUGUAUCCGAUGAUGAGACCAAUGGACAAGCGGAGGUGUCAAACAGGGAAAUCAAGCGUAUUCUAGAGAAGACUGUGGCAUCUUCCAGAAAAGAUUGGUCAAUGAAGUUGGAUGAUGCACUCUGGGCCUACAGAACUGCUUAUAAAUCUCCCACAGGUUUAUCCCCAUUCCAGCUGGUAUAUGGUAAGUCAUGUCACUUACCGGUUGAACUGGAGCACAAGGCAUUCUGGGCCUUGAAAUUCUUGAAUUUUGAUCCAAAGGCAGCAGGAGAAAAGAGAAAAUUACAGCUGCAAGAAUUGGAAGAAAUGAGACUCAGCACUUAUGAGUCCUCUAAGCUCUACAAGGAAAAGAUGAAAGCGUAUCAUGACAAGAAAAUUCUCAAAAGAGAAUUUUAUCCUGGUCAAUCAGUGUUAUUGUUCAAUUCCAGGUUGAGGCUAUUCCCUGGAAAGCUAAAAUCAAAAUGGUCAGGACCAUUUCUUGUCAAGAAUGUGAGACCUUAUGGAGCCAUUGAACUAGAGGAUCCUGAAUCUAAAAGGAGCUGGGUUGUAAACGGGCAGAGGUUGAAGCCCUAUCUUGGUGGUGAGAUUGAUAGGCUCGCCAUAAUCAUUCAACUUGAUGAACCUUAA